UCUGAGUUUGGGACUUUUCGCAGUUUCUCUUGUCGGCGUGGUCGUGAUUAUGUAAAAAAAAAAAAGAAAGUAACAUAUAACAAAUGAAUCGGAUUGUUUUUAAUCUAAAUAUAUUAUUUAGAUAUUUUCUACUUGUCGGUCCAUAUGAACGGUCCAUAGAGAGCAGACUGUGUGUCAUGUCCAGAUGUUAAUCCACAUCAGUAAUCCGGCUUUCAGUGCGCCAUGAAACACGUUAUUGUGGUUCUGACAUCUUUAUUUUUAACAGAGUGCUCAAAAAGACCUGGCACAGAAGGCGAAUAUGAUCACUUGCAGUCUUUGCUGUCAGACUUUGACGUUCUGAACCUGUCCAGUCUGCAGCAACACUCCGUCCGUAAGCGAGAUGUGCAGAGCCACACACACGCAGAGAGACUUCUCACUUUCACGGCUUUACACAGGCAUUUCAGGCUCUACCUGACCACCAACACUGAAUUGUUCACUGAAGACUUCAGUGCUGUGGUGGUAGAGAAAGACGGCACUUACCAGAACUUUGAGGUCCACAGACAGAACUUCUUCACGGGCCAUGUCAUCGGGGAGGAAAACUCACGCGUACAGGCACAUAUAGAUGACAGUGACUUCACUGCUCACAUUCUGACAGAUGAGGCUGAGUAUAACAUAGAGCCUCUGUGGAGGAUCACCCAAGGGUCGUCGGAUGGCCGAUUGCUGGUGUAUCGCUCAGAGGACAUCCGGAACGUGAGCCGCCUCUCCGCACCUAAAGUGUGUGGCUACAUCACAGCUGAGGCCAGUCAGCUCCUGCCUGAGAAUGUGCACGCAGCCACCGCAACAGAGGAACAAGUAGAAGGUGAAGAGCACCUGAGAGUGAGGAGGCAGGCAGUGGAUCACAGGAAGAACACAUGUCCUCUGUUGCUGGUGGCAGAUUAUCGUUUCUUCAGACACAUGGGCCGCAAGGAGGAGAGUACUACCAUCAACUACCUGAUUGAGCUGAUUGACCGGGUGGACGACAUCUACAGAAACACAUCUUGGGAUGAAGAGUUUAAGGGCUAUGGUGUUCAGAUCCAGCAGAUUAUGAUCAACAAAUCCCCUACAAAAGUGGAACAAGGACAAACCCACUACAACAUGAAGGGGAGUCCAGUGAAGAACAAAGAUGUGUGGGAUGUGAAAAGACUUCUGGAGCAAUUCAGCAUGGACAUUGCAGAGAAUGCCUCCAAGGUGUGUUUGGCUCACUUGUUCACCUAUCAGGACUUUGAUGAGGGCACACUAGGCCUUGCCUAUGUCGCCCCUGCCAAGGAAGAGGGUCCUGGAGGAGUCUGUUCCAAAGAGUCUCCUCAGUCAGGAAUUGACCAACGUACCAUAUACUUGAACACAGGCUUAACCAGCACUAAGAACUAUGGGAAGACUAUUCUGACUAAAGAAGCCGAUUUAGUGACGACCCAUGAGCUCGGGCACAACUUCGGGGCUGUUCAUGACAGGGAUGACGUGCCGUACUGCGCCCCUAGUGAGGACCACGGGGGCAAAUACGUCAUGUACCCCAUUGCUGUGAGCGGUGAAAAUUCCAAUAACAGGCUAUUUUCCAACUGCAGUAAGAUGUCUAUUGUGAAAAGCCUGAGGCACAAGGGCCCUUCAUGUUUUAAAGAGAGAAACAGUAAGGUGUGUGGGAACUCACGGGUGGAGGAGGGAGAGGAAUGUGACCCCGGCCUGGUCCACCUCCACACUGACCUCUGCUGUACAUUCGACUGCAAGCUACAACCUUCAAAGCAGUGCAGUGAUAGAAACAGCGCCUGCUGCAAGAACUGUAUGUAUGAGAAGGUCGGAAAGCCGUGCCAGGAGCCCAUCAAUGCUACCUGUAAGGGCAUGUCCUACUGCACAGGUAACAGCAGUGAAUGUCCUCCUCCAGAGAACCUGCUUGAUAACACCACUUGUGUGGACAGUGGGCAGUGUCUGAACGGGGAGUGUAUACCAUUCUGUGAGGCUGUCCUCAACCUGCAUUCGUGUGCCUGCAAUGAGACAGAACGCUCGUGUAUGGUUUGCUGUCGCAGUGAGAGUGGUGCAUGCUCUCCAUACCGGGAUGAGAAAGGUAACUUCCUGUACCUGAGAAAGGGCAAACCCUGCACUGUGGGCUUCUGUGAUGGAAAGGGAAAAUGCAUGAAGCAGGUGCAGGAUGUCAUUGAAAGGUUGUGGGAUUUUAUUGACAAGCUGAACAUCAACACAUUUGGGAAAUUCUUGGCUGAUAACAUUGUGGGAUCUGUGGUGGUCUUUUCCCUGCUCUUCUGGAUCCCUCUCAGUAUUCUUGUUCACUGUGUGGACAAGAAGCUCGACCAGCAGUAUGAACUGAACACAAGAUCACUCAUUUACCCCAGCAAUGCAGAAUUGCUGAGCAGUCUCGAUUCAGCCUCAGUGCGCAUCUUCAAGCCUCACACUUCCUCGGCUCUCUCUGCCGUCCCACGCUUCCAGAGCAGCACCCCUCCCGCCCCUCUGACUGCAAGCAGCUUAACGUCUCCAGCCUCAGGCUUUUUGGCUAGCACAGAGCCUCCACGCAUGGACACCAUCCAGGAAGACCCCAGUUACGACUCACGCAUGGACGAGCAGGUCCUAGAGGAUGACUUCACCACCACUCGCACCAGUGCAGCUCGAUCCUUUGCAGACCUGACUGAUGCUGCAGAGAACAAUCUGGAGAGAUCGUUCAAGAUGAAGACACACGGGCACAGCAUCAGGAAGGAGACAGAGUGCUGAGUGAGAGUGAGAGUGUAUGUGUGUGUGUGUGUGUGUGCAAAAAAAAGUUUUUUAUAGCAAAAAAGUGUGUGAAAAGGAGUAAGAGUGACUGCAUGAACUCCAUAUGAGAAGCAGAAUAAGCAAAGCUUGCAUAAGUGAAGAGUGGGCUGGAGCUUAUGCAACUCUGUAUUCAGAGGCUGUAUGGUUUUGGAGCACUUCAAUUCCCUGUAGGGUGAACAAAGUGUGUUGCUUAUGUUUACAUAAUGCUCAAUUUAGCACUGAAGCUGCAGCGACUACAGGGUGAACAUUUAGCUAAAGACUUAUAGUGACUUUGCUUUCAAAGGUACAUUUUGUCCCAUUUUACUUUUCAACAUUUUAUAUUAACAAAUAUAUGUAAAAAUAUAUGUAAAAAGAUUUUGGCUAUUUUUGAAUUUAUUACUGCAGCAUUAAAUAUUAUGUAAAAGGGAAUUUUUAAAAGGCUUUUCACACUCACUGGCCACUUAUUAGUAAAAACCUCUACAUCUGCUCAUUAUGUAAAAUCGAAUAAAAUCACACAAAUACAGGUCAAGUGCUUCAGAGAUUAAAUUUUCCAUCAGACAUCAAAUUGGGGAAAUUGUGAUCUCGGUGACUUUGACUGUGCUGUGGUUGUAACAGAUUGGAAACAGGUUGGUUUGAGUAUCUCAGGAGCUGCUGAUCUACUGGGAUUUCCAUGCACAUCUCUAGUGUUUAAACAGAAUGCUGCAAAAUUCAAAAACAUCCAGCGAGGAGCUGGUCUGCUGGCAGAAAAGCUUUGUUAAUCGGAGACUUUAGAGCAGAAUGGCCAGACUGGUUUGAGCUAACAGGAAGGCUACUUGUUUCUUCUAGUGUUCAGUUACAGUGAGUGUGUUCCCACUGUUGUGUCAGAUUCUUUCUCUCUGCCGACAGGAGUGAAGCCCGAUGUGGUCUUCUUCUCCUCAUCCACAUCAAGCUUUGACCUGUGGUGUAUUCUGAAAUGCUUUUCUGCACACUACAGUUGUAAAGAGUGAUUAUUUGAGUCACCAUUCCUGUCAUCUGGCUGUACUCAUUUCACCCACAGAACCUACUAGAGGUUUUUUCACCCCAUCUGUGCUAAUUCUAAAGAACGUAAUAAGUGAAAAGCGGUUUCUGAAAUAUUCAUACAAUACCUGACACUAACAACCAUACCAUGAACAGAGUAACAUUUCUGGUGUUUGAUGAUAACAAUAACCGAAGCUCUUAACUGUAUUCCCCUUCAUUGUGUGAUGGGUUUAUUGGAUAACUGCAUGAAUGUGCAGAGGUACAUGUGCUUUUUUUUAUUAUUAAAGUGCAUGUUGAGUGUAUAAAUAUUUAUAAUACAAAUAUUACAAAUGAUACCAAAGACUUUUCAGCUUUUUUGUGUCCCCACUACCCACACUGGACUGUACCACAUCUAUUCUUUAGUAUUAACAUCUACGCUUUAAUGUUGAAAAGGGAAGGUGGGAAAUAAUCAUUUGUUUACAUGCCUGUUUAGCUGUGAAUUUCCAGACAGGUUUCCUAUAUUUUAGAAAGAUGUGCACUGUAAAUUAUGUGUCUACUCACCUAAAAUGAGUAGGUAAAGAUGUUUAGAGCUGUAGGGCUUACUUGACGAUGAGGAAUUUCUUCACAGUGGAGAUGAUUGGACGAGUUGUUAGAAAUGUCUUUAAGAUUAUAUCACAGGUCCUGUUCUCUUUACCCACUGAUACUAUACUGUAUAUUUUAUAUACCUGUGUAUGUAAGUUUGCUUGUAUAAUAUUGUGCAUCUUUGUGUUGUACUGUUACAUUUCAGCUUUCCAGGACAGUGAUAUAUGAUAUACUGGCAAUGAGUGUACAGUGGGAUUAUGGAUAGCAUCAGGCUCAGCUCAGACCAGUAUCUGAUUACUGUGCAGCGUUGGUGCAUAGGAAAACACUCGGCUGUGUAAUUACAUCAUGUUUGCUGAGUAAACAAUGUAAAAGCAGGUGUAACAGUUAAUUUUCACAGUAUCAGUAAUCUCACAGGUAUUUAGUGAUCUAUUUUCACCAUUACUUUCAUUUCGAUUGUCAUCAUCACUAGUUUAUGUGCUCAUCAUGUCCUUGUUGCCCGUGUGUUGGUGCUUCAUGCAUUAUUUCUACAGUAAGCACAUAAAUGUUUGAAAAUAUCAUUAUUAACAAAUACUAAGAUUAAAAACAUUAUAAUUUGCCAUACAUAACACAAAGGGGUUGCAAUCUCCAAAUUCACAGCGAUUUUAAACAGAUUCCAGAUUUAAACAUGAGCAUGAUAGAUCUCAUUUCUAUCCAUCAGGAAACAAACAGGCUUAAUGUAUUCAUGGAUUUUCAUUUUCAGGGUAAAUGUUUGGUACUGGUAACAUGUAAUAUAUAUAUAUAUAUAAAAAUAAAUAAUUUUAAUAUAAAAUAUUUUGUGCACUUCAAGUAUUAUGCAAAAUCCUACAGUGGAAAUAUCCAAUGUCUUUAUGUACAUAGCAGAUUUCUUAUAUACUUAUAUUUGCCAUUUACUUAAAUAUAUUUGUUUAAAUUCACUGCUGCUUUUCAUUCUUGUUUUUUUUUUUAACGUGUAUGUUUUCACUGUUCCUAUAUCCUGAUUACUUGACUUGGGGAAAUUUGGGUGACUUUUCUGUGAGUGAAAUGAUUCGAAUGUUCAGUAAACAGCUGCACAACUGAAGUGAACAGGAGUAUUAAAACUUUGUCAAGUGUCUGUCAACUUUCUCUGUGAAGAGUGUCGUUUCAUACAAUAAACUUAUUUACCCUUA